GAAGAGAAAAAAAGAAAAAAGAAAAAAAAAGAAAAACCUCUACGGAACCCUAUUGGACUCUCUGAUUCUCACUUCUUUCUUUCUCACUCCACCAAGAACGCCGACUCAGCCGGCUACACAAUCGUCGACGAGAUCGGCUCCGGCGUCAUCGCCGUCGUUUCUUUAUCGUCUGUUCUUCUCGUUCUAAGAUGGGGAAAAAGAUGAAGAAUAAAACGGACAGGGAGGCGAUUGUUUCUAAUCCGGUUAUUGAUUUGAAGUCUAUUAUUCAUCAGCAUUCUCAAUUCAUGGACAAGCUAGUUGAGCUCAUCCCUGCUAGGUUCUAUUUACCGAAUGAUGAGGAUGAUAAGCCAUGGUUUCAAGGCCUGAGCAAGCCUGCAAAGGCUUCAGCUAAGAAGGAAACGAAGAAAAACAUUAAGCAAGCUCGCAGGGAUCGGUUGGAUCCAGAGAAGUCUUCUACAACAACCCUUGAUUUGCUAAAGCAAAGUUUGGAAAAGGAGAAGUCGAAUGAGGAUGAUAGUGAUAGUGGUGAAAUGGAGACUAAACCUGUGGUGCCUGGUCUGGAAGGUGAUGACAGGUCAGUGACAUAUGAGGAACUGCAGCAACGGCUUCGUCGUAAAAUUGAACAGUUUCAGUCUGGUCGCAAUUGUGGAGUUUCAGAGAGAGCAAGGAAGAGGAUUGAAAGGAAGGAGAGAUAUGAGAAAGGGGCUGAUGACAGGAAACGGAAGAGAGAAACUGCAUCUGAUGAAAAGAAACCUAUUGGUACUGAUUCAGUGAACAAAAAUGUUGAACAAGAGGUUGCAGAGGCUUCUAAAGGGCUCACAUUCAGUCGUGUCAAACUUGGGGAUGAUGAUGACGUUGGAAAGAAGAAGAGAAGACUGUCAAAGGCGAAGGAGCUUGAGAGGGCCAAACAGUUGGAAGAAAUGAAGAAAGAUCCAGAGAAAGGCAAGUCUCUGUUGUGGAAAACAGCAACCAGUAGAGCUGCUGGGGUCAAGGUUCAUGAUGAUCCAAAGUUGCUGAAACAAAGCAUUAAAAAGGACCAAAAGAAGCAUCAGAAGAAUGCUGAGAAAUGGAAGGAAAGGGUUGAAACCACACACAAGUUGAAACAAGACAAACAGAAGAAGAGAUCUGAUAAUAUAUCAGCAAAACUUGAUGAGAAGAAAAAGCGCAAAAUCGCAAAGAGAGAGAAGAAACUAAUGCGGCCAGGAUUUGAAGGUCGCAAAGAAGGUUAUGUCAAUGGGGGUGCAUAAACUCUCAUUACUGAUUGGUAAGCUUCUACCAUGGCAUUUUUGUAUGGUUACUAAUAGAAGAACUAGUAUAAGCAGGAUAUGAAAGGUCAGGGGAGGUUAAGUAGAGGAGUUGUGUUCUUCUAGAGCUCCUCCUGGAUUUUCAUCUCCCCUUUUUGUUAUUUGUAAUUCCGACUAUUUACAUUCUGGAAUGAGUACGAAUCCUUUUCUUUUUUCUCUUUUUUUUAUUUGUUU